AUGAUUCAUGCCAACAACAAUCCUGACGAUAACCUGGUUCGAAUGGAGAUUCAACAGUUGAGAGAAACCUGUGAUAUGGAAAGGCUUCACUCUGACAGUUCCUUCCGCGAGUUUGCUACACCUGCAAUGCUGUGGCGUCUUCAUAUUGGUCUAUUUGUCCAAAUCUGGUCGCAUUUAACCGGAAUCAACGUCAUCAUGUAUUAUAUUACGUUCGUGUUUGGAAUGGCAAACCUCAGCGGCAAUUCCAACCUAGUCGCAUCGUCUAUCAAUUAUGUUAUCAACGUAGUCGUCACUGUCCCGGCGCUCUUGUACCUAGACAAAUUUGGACGACGACCCAUUUUAUUGGCAGGCAGUGUCUCUCUUACUAUGUGGUGGUUUCUUUGCGCAGGACUCAUGGGCGCGUACGGCUCUCCUGCACCACCAGGUGGACUGCACAAUAUUGCCGAAGAAAGCUGGUCCAUCACUGGAGCUCCAGCAAAGGUCGUGAUCGCUUGUUCAUAUCUGGUGGUUGCAUCUUUUGCACCAAGCUGGGGUCCAGUUUCGUGGGUGUACCCUCCAGAGCUAUCCCCUUUGGGUCUUCGCGGGAAGGCCGUUGCCCUUUCGACGGCCAGCAACUUGAUGUUUAAUUUUGCGUUGAGUUACUUUACGCCUCCAGCCUUUGUUAACAUCAAGUGGAAGACCUAUCUCAUUUACGGCGUUUUCAGCUUUGCAAUGACCCUUCAUGUAUUUUUCUGUUUUCCUGAGACGGCAGGGAAAACAUUGGAGGAGGUUGAAGGACUGCUGAGCUCAAAUCGUCCGGCCUGGAGAACGGCGGUUGACAAUCGCAAAUUAGAAAGAGUGAUGGACUCUACUUGUGUCGGUGAGAAGAAAGAUGUCACUCACGAGGAACGUGCGUGA